GGAUCCGAGAGCACAUCCGCCUCAAAUUACUACAGCUUUACCUUCCACCAUCAUCAUCAUUCACCAAGGCGCUCCCAGCAGCGCCCCAAGUGACAUGGCGUCCGCACCCACGGCGCCCAAGCCCAGCAAUCGCAUCUUUUCAUGCAGAUGUCUGAACGUUCGUGUGCGCGAAGCGCCGACGGAAAGCACCUACAAGUCCUUUGUGAAAGAAGGCGCCGACGCCGACUUCGCCCCCCUAUACGUGGGGGGCGAGGGCAUUGAAGCGAAGCAUCCUCAGCUCACCUUGCGCGAUCGCAGUCGAAGUACCCAGCUGCCCGACUCCCCUAACUCUGCGCGCUACACGUCCCUCACAUGUCUCCUCUGCCAGACGCUCGUCUACCGCGUGCAGGAGAUCAUCUCGCCCGAGAAUGAGGUGAAGGAGGGGCCCGUGCUGCCCUCGGACAACUGGGUUGAGGUCGAGGUGCUAAGGAGCACGGACGGGUGGAUCGAGAUACACAAAUCAUUACCAACACAGGAAGGCGUCGCAUUGCUCGAGAAGUCCCCGCGGUACUCGCCCAUCUACUCUGUCGUUCUGCCCGCUGCGCAGCCCCCUUCAAAUACCCCGACACCCGAUGCCGACGCUAAAGCGAGCCAACCGUCACCAUUACCUCAGAGACAAUACCUUGCCGACUUGCCCCCGCUCUUCCCCCCACCACCUUUCACCCCCAAGCACCCUGUCUUCCAGCACUUGUCCUCCCUUGCGACUAGCAAGUCGGAAGGAAUCAGGAAAGAGGCAGAAGACUUCAUUUCAAAUGUCGUUCAGACCAAGGUCAAGGAAAUACAGAAGGUCGAAGACGGGUUGAAGAAGGAGACCGAGGAUGUCUGGAAAACCUUCCUUGGUGCGAUCGCAAGCGUGAAGUCCCGGCAACAAGAACGACUCACGUCCCCUCGCUCUUCCAUAUCCUAUCCUGCUGGCGCGUUCUCGCCGAAUGGUACGGGGACCCCUGGUUCUGUCAUCCGCGACUUCGUCCCGAGCAAAGUGACUGCACCACGGCGCUCGUCGAGUGCUGCUCCGCGCACCUCUAUCCUCUCUGCCUCACUCGCCACCUCGUCCUUCCACCACCCGAAAGCCAACGACGACAGCCCGCCCCCGAAGAGUCCGGGUUCCUCCGCCUCGGCCGACGAGACCAACUCGAGCAUCACGGUCACCUCCAGCACCUUCCCUGUGCGGCAUACGACGGACGCGGGCGAAGGGUCGGUCCUGCAGUUCCGCCACUGGGCUAACGAGCACGAGGAGAAGAACGUGGCGACGAGCUACUGGUACGCGAAGAACGAGGAGGAGGAGAGGAAGCGGGUGGAGGAGAUGAUGGAGAAGCGGAGGCAGAAGCAGGAGGCGGAGAAGCCAUUCCAGGUGGACAAGCCGCUGCAAGUGGAGACUGCCGGGCCGUCGACGCCGCAGGUGAAUGGGAAGGGGAAGGAGCAGGCCCAGGCAUCUUCGCAAGCGGCGUCGCAACCCAAAUCGCCGACUUCGCCGUCUGGGAAGGGCAAGCGAAAGGUCACUUUUAACGUCGAUCCGGCCGCUGCGAACAAGCAUGAGAAGUCAGAGAAGAGCUCACCUACUAAAGACGAUGAUGACGAUAUGGUCUUUGACCUCGAAGAGGAGAAUGGGGAACGUCAGUCCAAAGCGCCAACCUUGCCACUUGUAGAGCCAGCUGCAGUAUCUUCGCGACCGCCGCGGCCAGCAGGUCUGUCUGCUCGGAAUCGAGAACCUAGCAGCGGUUUACCCAGCUCGUUCGCCGGCUUGCGCCCAUCGUCGUUACCAGCGCCCUCGGCGAUGCGCAGUAUAGCAGGCAGCGCGCCUGGAGGAGGACCCUCAGCUCCUCUCCGCCCUCAUCCCGAGCAGCCAUCGCAACCUCAGCCAGAUUCUGCCGCUGUCCCGUUACCGCCCACACCCGCGGUCAACGGGAAAGCCACGUCCUCGGCCGAGUCGUCAGACGCCUCCGAUGUCGACGACUUCCGCGUGCGCGAGAUCCAGCGCCUGGUCGCCGCUGGCACACCGAGCCACCGCCACGCAUGGAAACGCGACGGCGACGCGUGGAAGCGCUUCCUCUCCCGCCACGACGAUGAUGACGCGCUCGACGACAUCGCCGAGGGCGACGAUGGAGAGACCGAGGACCUCCACCUCCAGCACCAGCACUUCAUCGGCUCGCUGCCCAUCGCCAUCCGCCCGCCGCGCCGGCGGACAAGCGAGACCGCUGCCGCGAAGACGUCGCUGGCGGAGAAGCCCGGCGUGCUCGUGCCGCCGUUGCCGCGGCGCCGGGAGAGCUCGACGGCGCGGAGGAAGCAGAUGUACGAGGAGCGGGAUCGGGAGCGCGGGCUGGACCCCGGCGCGCUCGACUUCACGGGCGAUGAGGGCUCGGACGAGGAGAGCGACGAGGAGACGGUCAAUGGGACCGCGUUGAGCCGUGGCAAGCAGCGCGCUCUGCGCAUCCUCGAAUCCGCGGCGAAGGUGCCGGAAGAGGGAAUGUGGAGGAGCUUAGCGAACAAUUGAGCGUGGACGUACAUACGGAGGAGCGCGAACGCGCAUCAGGAGGAGCGUGGACAUGCAUGAGGAGGAGCGUGGACAUGCAUAUGGAGGGGGUCGCAUAGGACUCGGACUGUACUGUACCAUUCAUUUGUGGCGCGCACAUUAUUUCCGGCGCACUGACUGUACCUGCAUAGUACGAGUAUCUCUGUCUUUGUAGCAGUUGAUCUGACGUUUGUUUCUGGUUUUGAGUAAUGGUCGUGGAGUUCGUCUGAAUGGUUGUUCUCAAGCGCGGAGGCAUAUAGAAAGCCAAACGGCGUCCAUUCCGUCCUACAUAAGUAGCGUGAAGAUUAUCUACAGGUAGAGGCUAUGAUACAUCUAUAACGGCCAGCUCUACAGCCGACCGUGCUCGAAAG